CGCAGGUCUGUGCGCCCCUGUCGCCCCCCACCCCCAGCCGUGCAGCGAAGCCCCUGGGACACCCCAGGUGGACCCUGAGUGGAGCCGUCCUCCCCGCCAGAGGGACGCGCCCCCCAACCUGAGUCUGGUCGGACACAGGGCUCUUGGGCCCUGGGAGGGGCCAGGGUCCGGGCAAGGGCGGGCUCGGGGAGGUGCCUGCUCCCCGGGACCAGCUCCCGUUCUGGGGGAGAGUGAUGCAGGCCGCUCCGAGACUGCGGGCGCUCCAGCGACACCUGGGCUCCUCGGAGGGCAGAGGCAUGGAGCCGACCAGCAGCCCACUGACCACACACGUGCUGGACACUGCCUGGGGGCUUCCGGCCCAGGGCCUCUGCCUCUGUCUGUCUAGGCUUGAGGACCAUGGCCGGCAGUGGACAGAGCUGAGGAAAAGCUACACCGACUCGGACGGCCGCUGCCCAGGGCUCCUGCCACCAGGCCCGAUGAAGGCAGGCACCUACAAGCUGUCCUUUGACACCGAGGGCUACUGGAAGAAGAGGGGGCAGGAAAGCUUCUACCCAUACGUGGAGGUUGUUUUCACCAUCACUGACGAGACCCACCGGUUCCACGUGCCCCUGCUGCUGAGCCCAUGGUCCUACACCACGUAUCGAGGGAGCUAGUGGCCGGGCCAUCGCCUCUGGCCAACUGCUGGCCUGUGAGCAUUGAUCCCAUCCCCACGGCUCCCUGAGGCACCCCAAGAGAGGGCAGCAGGUCAUCUCCCUGUGGGAGAUUCUGGCCCUCCACCUCCAGUAGCAGCUGAGUCUCAGGCCUCAAUAAAGUCGGUGUCGGCAUCUGUAA